AUGCAGUAAGAAAGUCUGAAGAUCUGAAGGAGUCCUGGCCAGGGGAAGAUGGGAGAGCUGAGAAAAUCGAGAUGCAUCUGAAGCCUUGGGCUACUGAGCCCCGCGGGGUCGCCAUGGACCCCGGCAGCCCCUGAAACUUGCCCUGAGCUCUCUCACGCCUGCAGCCCCGAGCAAUGGGACACCUUUCCUGCAGCGAUCAUAACUUAUUCGGCGGGGACCAGAGAACACGGAUAGCAAGGCGACAGCAGACCGGCACGCAGACAGGGAAACGAGAUUCCGGGACUCGGUCGCGAUGCGCCAGCCUGGCACAUUCUCCGGGAUUUAACUGAAGGCAGCACCGUCAAUCCCUUCCCCUCGCCCCUAACCCCCUCAGGCCAGCCCAGGGGCAUAAAGCCCAGCUCUCUCUACCCAAGAUGCUCGCCGAAACUAACAGUCCGAGGCCAGCGUUCUGAUCGCCUCAGAAGAUUUUUUUUUCCUUGCAUGGAGCUAGCCGUUUAAACAGAAAAACAGGGGUAAAAAAGAAAAUAUACCCACCCCCAAACGUGCCUCCCCAGCGCCGCAGGGAGCCAACAGACAAGCUGGAGUUUAACAAACAGCAAUACUCUUCGCACUCCUGAAAAGCAGGGCUGGACGCUCUCCGUGGUGCUGAAACGCUUCGCGGCUGCCUCUGUCCGUGGUACCUACCUACAGACCCCUCUUUCCAAUUUCCCCUGGGGCUCUUCCUCCGCGCUCCGGUUUUCCACCUCCUCUUAGCAUCUGGAUUAUUUUUUCAAUAGCACUCGCUGGUUUUGUAAGUGCCAAUCUGAAACAUUUUUGCCCCCAUAACUCGUGGACUACAAAGCACAAGGACCUGAAAAAUGUACAGCUUCAAUACUCUUCGACUCUACCUUUGGGAGACCAUUGUAUUCUUCAGCCUUGCUGCGUCCAAGGAGGCCGAAGCUGCCCGCUCCGCGCCCAAGCCUAUGUCACCCUCGGAUUUCCUGGAUAAGCUAAUGGGGAGAACCUCUGGAUAUGACGCCAGGAUCAGGCCCAACUUUAAAGGUCCCCCGGUGAAUGUGAGCUGCAACAUUUUCAUCAACAGCUUCGGUUCCAUUGCAGAGACAACUAUGGACUACAGGGUCAACAUCUUCCUGCGGCAGCAGUGGAACGACCCCCGGCUGGCCUACAAUGAAUACCCGGAUGACUCUCUGGACCUGGACCCAUCCAUGUUGGAUUCCAUCUGGAAACCCGACCUGUUCUUUGCCAACGAGAAGGGGGCUCACUUCCACGAGAUCACCACUGACAACAAACUGCUGAGGAUCUCCCGGAACGGAAAUGUCCUCUACAGCAUCAGAAUCACACUAACACUGGCCUGCCCCAUGGACUUGAAGAAUUUCCCCAUGGACGUCCAGACGUGCAUCAUGCAACUGGAAAGCUUUGGCUAUACCAUGAAUGACCUGAUCUUCGAGUGGCAGGAGCAGGGAGCUGUGCAGGUGGCAGAUGGACUAACUCUACCGCAGUUUAUCCUGAAAGAGGAGAAGGACCUGAGAUACUGCACGAAGCAUUACAACACAGGUAAAUUCACCUGCAUCGAGGCCCGGUUCCACCUGGAGCGACAGAUGGGCUACUACCUGAUCCAGAUGUACAUUCCCAGCCUGCUCAUUGUCAUCCUCUCGUGGAUCUCCUUCUGGAUCAACAUGGACGCCGCCCCAGCCCGCGUGGGCCUGGGCAUCACCACCGUGCUCACCAUGACCACCCAGAGCUCUGGCUCCCGAGCAUCCCUGCCCAAGGUGUCCUAUGUGAAAGCCAUUGACAUUUGGAUGGCAGUGUGCCUGCUCUUCGUGUUCUCAGCCCUACUGGAGUAUGCUGCUGUCAACUUUGUGUCUCGGCAGCACAAAGAGCUGCUCCGAUUCAGGAGGAAGCGAAGACAUCACAAGAGCCCCAUGCUGAAUCUGUUCCAGGAGGAUGAGGCCGGAGAGGGCCGCUUCAACUUCUCUGCCUACGGGAUGGGCCCAGCCUGUCUGCAGGCCAAAGACGGCAUCUCUGUCAAAGGCGCCAACAACAACAACACCACCAACCCUCCUCCGGCACCAUCUAAGUCCCCGGAGGAGAUGCGAAAACUCUUCAUCCAGAGGGCCAAGAAGAUCGACAAAAUAUCCCGCAUUGCCUUCCCCAUGGCCUUCCUCAUCUUCAACAUGUUCUACUGGAUCAUCUACAAGAUUGUCCGCAGGGAGGAUGUCCACAACCAGUGACGGGUCUGGGAUGGAGGGGCGGGGGGGAGGCUGGGAGUGGGCCGAGUGGGAACAGCACAGGAAUCUGAGAGCCUAGGGAAGAGGAGGAGAAGAGAGGGCGGGGGCACACAUACACAACUCCCUCUCUCUCUGUGCUCCGUGCAAUAGCAAAAUGCAGUGAUGCAUGAAUCUUAGAAUGUGGCACUAUCUAUUUAAC